AUGACGUUUGCCGACCAAACACCUCACAAACAGGCAAAUGACGCUCUCCAGGUGCCGUCGCUGCUGCCGAUAAACGUGAAGCUGUCGCCAGAAAAGCAGGACAGGCCUGCGAUGCCUUCCCAUACUCAUACCCACAAUGGUGGUUCAAGAACACAGGACCCCCAGACGUUGGAGAUGAAAAACCGGUUUUAUUCACAUAAGUUCUGGCCUAUUCUUUCGAAGCGGUUUUACUACUUGCCGGAGAUCGAGAUUUUCAAGGGCAUGGUUCGUGGAAAGGGUAACCUACGAGACAUCUCGCUGUGGUUGGCUGCCAAUAUAGAUUUGGAGGCUAAGCUUGCGGAAUAUGAUAGAGAGUUGGAGAGGAAGAGACAGGAGGAGGAAAGGAAGAAGGAAGAGGAGAAGACUAGAGCUUUGGCUUCGUCUUUUGCUCCUGUUUCGCAGCCACUGUCUUCGGUGCCACAACCAGGUAAGCUGUACGAUGACGAGGAUGCUUCGCCUGUGAAGAGAGGCACCGCCAGACAAAAGAGACCGCUGCUUUCGGAGCUCAAGCCGGAUAUUUCAAGCACGAAGAUCGAGCUCCAGAAGCCUAAGGUUUCGAUUUUAGAGAAGUAUAGACAGAACCAGGGCAACAACCAGCCAAAGAUUGAUUAUUUGUUUCAGAAAUCGUUGGGUUCGGCGCCACAAAAGAGACGUCGUCUUGUUCGUGCCGAUAACGCUGAACUCGCUAAUCAGGCGUCCCUGGUUGGUCUGGCGCCUGGGUCUUUGCAGCCAGGCGCUUUGACUGCUGCGUUUAGCCAUAAUGAAGAUGCCGUGCCGCGUCUUAAACAGUCGUUUAAUGGUGGGGUUGAUGAUCUAGAACAGUUGGAAGAGAAGAUCAGGGAGAACAAGAAGAAGAGCAAGAAGGUCCAUGUGGCUGAUAGUGAUGAUGAUCUCGAGGAGGAAGACUUCAGCGAUGAUAUGUCGCAGGAAGACGAUGAGAAUGCGUUUAAUUCUGGCCUUACAUCUAUAGACGGCCAGAUCUUGGAGUUUCUUAAUAACGCUCCUCAGGAAGAUAUCAUCGAGAUCUGUAAUAUUCAGCCCAAGAUCGCCGAGCUCUUGAUCUCCAAGAGACCUUAUAAUUCGAUCUACCAGAUUUCUGAGGAUAGAUUUGAUGAAGCUACUCCUGAGCCUGAAACCCAGGUGAAAAGACGUGGUGGUCAAAGGAAAGCUACUGGUCUCAAGAUCGUCGAAAGCACAGAGUUCAGUCUUAAGGGUUACAAGGCCGUGGACUCGUUAAUCAAGAAAUGCUCCGACUACGGUAGCUUAAUCUCUCGCCAAAUGGAUAGAUGGGGAGUCAAGGUUACCGGUGAAGGUGAACUUAGCAUGGUAGAGAUUGCUGGUGGUGAAGAAAAGGAUGAAGAAGACGAUGAUGUUGGUGCCAAGGGGCGUAGUAUGCCAUACAUCAAGCACAAGCCUACACUUCUUGCUGAAGACGUCGAGCUCAAGACUUACCAGCAGGUCGGUAUCAACUGGCUCAACUUGCUUUACCAGAACAAGCUUUCGUGUAUUCUUGCUGAUGAGAUGGGUUUGGGUAAGACAUGUCAAGUUAUUUCUUUCAUGGCUCACUUGAAAGCCACUUCCGAUAAUGGCAGCGCACAUCUUGUGGUUGUUCCAUCUUCGACAUUGGAGAACUGGCUCCGUGAGUUCCAGAAGUUUUGUCCAUCGUUAGUUGUUCAAGCUUAUUACGGUUCGCAAGCAGAGCGUGAAGAUUUAAGGUACGAGCUCGCCGAGUCUGAAUACGAUGUUUUGGUGACAACAUACAACCUUGCAACUGGAUCUCCUCCAGAUUUCAAGUUCUUGAAGAACCACAGAUUCGACAUGAUUGUGUACGAUGAAGGCCACAUGUUGAAGAACUCAAGCAGUGAAAGGUACAAUAAGCUUAUGAGGCUUAAGGCAAACUAUAGACUACUUCUCACUGGUACUCCAUUGCAGAACAAUUUGAAGGAGCUUGUUUCUCUUUUGGCUUUCAUGCUUCCAAACUUGUUUGUUGAAAAGAGAGAAGAUCUUCAGGGUCUUUUUAAUAAGAAAGCCAGUGUGGAUACUACCUCGGAUGAUUACAACCCUCUCAUGUCUCAGCAGGCAAUUAAUAAAGCAAAGACAAUGAUGACGCCGUUCGUUUUGAGAAGAAAGAAGGCUCAGGUUCUCAAGUAUCUUCCUGGAAAGAGCCACGAGGUGAUCAAGUGUCCAUUGACGACCGCCCAGAAAAACAUUUACGAUGGUUUCAUUCGCCAGGGUAAAGAAGCAAAGGCAGAGAGAGAAAGAAGAAAGAAGCUUAAUGGUAAAGACGCAAACGCAGCUCGUAUGAGCCCCACAGCUUCUACUUCAAACGUCAUGAUGUCGUUGAGAAAGGCCUCCAUGCAUCCAUUGCUUUUCAGAACCCAGUACAAGGACGAUAUGUUGGAAGAGAUGGCAACGAAGAUCAUGAAGGAGCCAGAGUACGUUUCUGCCAACAGAACCUACAUUGUGGAAGAUAUGCUGGUGAUGAGCGACUACGAGCUCAAUGCCCUUUGUGAGAAGUUCCCCACAACGCUUGGCUCGUACGUUCUUGACGAAGCCAAAUGGUUUGAGAGUGGAAAGGUUACACAGCUUUUAAAGAUCCUCGAGCAGGUCAUUGAGAAGAAAGAGAAGGUGCUCGUGUUCUCGUUAUUCACGCAAAUGCUCGAUAUUCUCGAGAGAAUCUUGAGUUUCAAAAACAUCACCUUCGUCAGACUAGACGGUCAGACCAGUGUGGAAACCAGACAAGACAUUAUCGACAGGUUCUACGAAGACGAUACCAUUCCUGUCUUCCUUCUUUCUACAAAAGCAGGUGGUUUUGGUAUCAAUCUUGUUGCCGCCAACAACGUCGUCAUCUUCGACCAAUCGUUCAACCCCCAUGAUGACAAACAGGCAGAAGACAGAGCUCACCGUGUCGGUCAGACCAGUGAAGUGCUCGUGACCAAGCUCAUCUCAGAACACACUAUAGACGAGAAUAUCUUGAUGCUUGCAGAAAACAAACUCCAGCUUGACCAGUCGAUCAGCAGCGAAGGCAACGAAACCAAGAUUGAAGAAAAAGCCGCCAGUAUGUUUGAAAAGAUCCUUUUUGGCGAAUGA